AUGAAACAAGAAGAAGCAAAGAUGUGCAAACCAGCCGACGAUCACAACAGCACCAGUGAAACUUUCCACCAUAGCAGACCGAGUCUUGACAGAUCACAAGGAACAUUGAGUGUUUGUCCACCUCCAAAGGCAGCGCCAAUUAGACAUCCAAGAUACGAAAAACGAAUCUCCAUCGAUCUGAUGCCGAUGACGCUCGAAGAAAUUGAGUGGGCCAUGGGAGAUGCAAAGAUUCAAGAAGAAGAAAGAGAAAUACAAGAGAUUAGAGAAAGACUGCGGAAACGAAAGCAGGCAAAAGUAGCAGCGGCGGCGGCAGCCAUGGCAAAUGCACCAACAUCGUCAAGGGAAUGA